AUCAAUUUUGACGUUUCUUGAAUCGAGCAGUGCGCUCACCGAAAAUAUCGAAGCAAUUUUGUUGCGUAUUCCUGCAGUGAAACAAAAUGACUUCGGUGGCAAGGGCUGGGCACUUGGCUCCUUAUUUUAAGGCAAGCACUUCCGUUGUCUCCAAUGGGCUGAAACCUACUGUAGUGGCGUACACAGCGCCCGAAAAAGUUUUGGUUCACCCCUUGCCAAAAACUUCGACUGUGCAAUCCUUACACGGAGCCUUGCCUAUCCAGGGCUUGAAGGCAGUUGCGGGUGGUCGUGGUCCAAGUCAUGUACGUUUUGCGCAUACUGACAUCUCGUACCCGGACUUCACCGCGUACCGUCGCAAGGAGACCCUAGACCCCACCGCCAAGAACAGUGAGAGCGUCGAUGCUCGCCAGUCCUUCACCUACCUGAUUGCUGGAGCUGGAGGUGUCGCCGGCGCUUACGCUGCCAAGUCCUUGGUGACGCACUUCGUGUCGUCCAUGGCGGCCGCCGCUGACGUCUUAGCCUUGGCCAAGAUCGAGAUCAAGCUGUCAGACAUCCCCGAGGGCAAGUCCGUUACCUUCAAGUGGCGUGGUAAGCCACUGUUCAUCAGGCACAGAACCGAUAACGAGAUUUCAACCGAGCAGGCGGUCCCCGUGGACUCUCUGCGCGACCCCCAGCACGACAACCAGCGCACGCAGAACCCCAAGUGGCUGGUCGUCAUCGGCGUGUGCACCCACUUGGGCUGUGUCCCCGUCGCCAACGCCGGCGACUUCGGCGGCUACUACUGUCCCUGCCACGGCUCCCACUACGACGCGUCAGGCCGCAUCCGCAAGGGCCCCGCCCCCCUCAACCUGGAAGUGCCCCCACACAACUUCGUCGACCAGGGAAUCCUAGUAGUAGGCUGAACGUUGUUAUUUAUUAGACAAUUUAUUUAUAUAAGAUACAGUUUCAUUGUAAAUCAAUAGGCGUCAACUUAACAAUCAAUAAAAUGUGAUUGUGUA